AUGUCAACCACAUCAAGUGUUGAAUCUUUCACUACAUUCUUACAAAAUUGGCUAGAACAUCAACAACAUUAUCUUAAUCAACUAGUUAAAAUUGAAAACAGCACUGAAACAGUCAAUAAACAACAACUAAUUAAAAAUUUACUUUCCCACUAUGCAAAUUACUAUGAAGAGAAGUCCAAAAUCAUAUGGGAUGACACUCAUUUACUCUUUUCCCCACCAUGGCUUACAACAUUAGAGAAAGCCUUCUUAUGGGUUGGUGGGUUUAAGCCCACCCUAGCAUUUACCCUUCUAGAAGCUUCCGUUUCUAACAUGGAACCUUCCCAAGUCGAGAAGGUACAACAAUUAAAGAUGGAGACUAUUAAGGAAGAGCACAAUUUGAAGGAAGCAUUAGUAAUGGUGCAAGAGAGUAUGGGAUCACGUAUGUUAUCGAGUCUAGAUAGGGAUGGUGAUGGGCUAGUUGAUGGGGAAGUGUCCGAAUUUGAUGAGGUAAUGCAAGAGCUUAAGACUUCAAUGGCAAGAGUGAUUCAAAAUGCCGAUAAUUUACGAAGGAAUACAAUGAUGGGAGUGUUUCGUAUUUUGGAUUUGGAUCAAAAUUUGAAGUUUUUAAUUGCUCUACUUAAGUAUCAACUUGGGGUUAGGGCUUAUGGACUUCAAAAUGAUGCAAGAAGAGGAUGA